GUCAAAUGUAAACCCGAUCUUAGUUUCUUACGCUUCCAUCACGGGAGAGCCGAGACACCAAAACAAAAUUUGUUAGAAGCACAGAGUUGCGGUGACGGUCAGUGCGUCCCACAGUAUUACGGAUCGAACAAUGACAAAGGCAAUGUAGGUAUUGUGUUUCUACAAUACAGUUACAUGAACAUGUACAGUACAUGUAGUACUAACACACUGUAACUGUAUUUUGGAAAAAAAGUAUGCUCUACACAGCCGUCACUGGUAAAGCAGAUUCCUUGAGCACAGUUUGAGCUGAUAGAGGAUUGUACUCAAACAACUACUAGUGGAUAUACCUGUGGCAUUCCAUAUCAAUGAGGCCUGACUGGACUGCUCAGUUUCUUUAUCGAGAAGACAUAACACUUUUACUUCUGAAUUAUUUGCUGUUCUCAACAAUUGUUCUGACAUUUGUGAUAUUUUUGAUGAUCCUGACCCAAGCCUCAUCAGAUGGUGAUGAUCCAUAUCUUGAUGCAUUUGCCAUUAUGGCAUUGAUGGGUACAUCUUUCUUUAUAUCUAAUCUACUGCUUGCACGAUAUAUGGUCCAGGCUAUGAUAGUGAGCAAGGAGAUACGUCGCAUAAGGAUUUGAAGAUAGUCCAUACAUACUAUAAUUUUUUAUUUCAGAUACAUCAGUACCAUUGCAAUAUCAUGACAUCAACUGAAAGAACAGUGGGGAUGGCAGACACUUUUAAGGACUGUGAUACUAAAAGCAUGGAGGACAUUGAUGAGGAAAUGGAGUCCCUAAGCAUUAAACCUAGUGAGGAUGAAUCAGAACUUAUAGUGGAUGGCUUCAUGGUCAGUGGCACUUUCACAGAUGUAGCAAGUAACCAGUGUAGGACGCCAGUUAUUCCUAGUUUUGAAGAGAGUAGUGACACUCUGGUAGAGGGCCCUGACAGUAGGGCUAUCAGCCCUGUUGGACAUAGCCUCACUGCAACAAAGCUCAAAGUGAGCUCUUCCAAUCUGAUCCAAGCAGUGGUUUUGUCACUAUGGGACAACAUUGUAGGACCAAGGAUACUUCAUGUGUGGAAAGGGGAAGCGUGCAAUGAAACUGUAGAAACUUUUAAAUACCUUUCCAUUUACACACUGAAUGGUGAAAUAUGCCGUGAUUUAACCUGUGGAGGUAUAGACACCAAAUUUUACGUGAUGUCUCGCAGAAAACUGUGCGUUUUAGCACUGAUUUUUGGGGCAAAGGGCAAAUGUGGACCAAGUGUGCACUGUCUCUCUGUUGUCAUGUCUAGUAAUGAUUUACAGAAAUAUGUCACUUGGCAGCGUACUCUUCAUGCUUGGCUCAAGAGGAGAAUAGCAGUCCUCCGGGUGUUAAUGGAAAAGGAUGAGUAUGACAAAGGCAUACAUUUUCUGAAUGCCUCCAUUAAUAAAACCAUGAGGAUGCUUCAGUCUUUGCAGUUGGAUGGCUUGCCUUCUUGCAUCAAGCUGGAAGAUACUUAUUUUUACAACGAAGAUUCUUCAAAGGAUUUUUUGCUUAGAAAAUCUAUCACUUCUCAUCUCAUGACUUGUGGACGAAGUGUUGUCACUGGCACAGUUGACAGUGAAAUUAAUAAAAUGGUUUCCACUUUGGCUUUGUUCAAUACUUCAGCUGAGAGACAGUGCAGUAGAUUUUGUAGCCAUGAGAGAAAUUGGCCAUACCACCAUGAUCUAUGUGUGCAAGGAUGGCUUCCUCCUUCAUACAAUCUGAGGCAGUCAGUAUUGGAUAAGAUUCCAUUGGGAGAGAUGCAAUGUGCUGAAUAUCCUACAUCCAUAAUUGAUGUAAAGACACACGAGGUCAGACAGACACUACCUGUAAAUGAACACCACACAAGACGGCACGAUUUCUUAUCACAAGAGGUCACUCAUCCUUACUCAAAACAUGAUGUCAAAUAUCCAGAGAAAAAUAUUCUUGACAACCUCCAGUACCCAGAAAACUUGGUGCACAGAUUUAUGAAAGAAUUAUUUGCAAUUCCUGUUGGACUGAGGCUUUCAUUCAUACAGCUUUUCAUCAGGACCAUAGAAAGAAAAGCUUUGGUCCUUAUUAAGAGUGCAGAGGUAGACAGUGACCAAGGAAGGUCAGCACCAAAGACAAAUCCCAGGAAGUUGCGUCAAGAUUUAGGACUUCAAUUAGAGGGAGACUUCAGAAUAGUUUUAGCAAUGGCAGAAAAAUUAAAACCAGGCAUAUAUACCUAUCUGCUAGGUGACUCACUCAAUCAUGAGCUAGCAAGAAAUAUUUCUUUGUAUUCAGUUUGACAGCUGAAAAUGUGAUCAAAAUUAAUAUGAAGGAAAAAAAUUACAUUUCCAGUCACAUUCCCAGUUUAUUUGAUUACCUUUGUUUUUAUGGUACUUUUUGCAUUUCAUGUAGUUUUCAAUUUGGGUGCACAAAAUUAUUUCUUAUUUUUUCAUAGUGCCUCUGGUCAAGGCUAAGGCACAAAAUGAUUAUAUAUUCUACUUAAGAUUGAGUGUUUUGAUAUUGAUGUUGUAGUUUAAUGUUAAACAUACUAGUUCAAGGCAAGAAGCAUGUUUCAAAUUUAAGAUAUUAAUAGAAAAUAAUUUAUAUUGUUUAAUAUUGUUUUUCUUUUCUCUUUUUCUUUUUUCUUUUUCUUUUAUUAUUUUUUGAUUACGUUUUUUAUGUCUCUAGGUCAUGCCACGUCUUGUCUAAAAAUGUACUUUUUUGUGCAAAGUGAAGAUGCAAGCAAAGCAAAUAAAACGUUUGACCACGUGA